ACAACACCCCGCGCCGCUCCUGCUCUCACAGAUGACGAAAAUGGCGGACAACGGAUCAUCGGUCGAGAUUGUGGAGGGCUGUCGCCUCCCGGUUCUUCGCAAAAACCAAGAACACGAAGACGAGUGGCCAUUGGCUGAAAUUCUAAGUGUGAAGGAGGUCUCCUCGAGAAAGCUCUACUAUGUUCACUACAUUGACUUCAACAAGCGCCUGGAUGAGUGGGUCACAGGGGACCGGCUGGACAUGAAGAAGCUUCAGUUCCCUAAGAAAGAAGCUAAAACACCAACCAAGAAUGGACUUCCAGGUUCCCGUCCCAGUUCUCCAGAGAGAGAAGUGAGGAAGAGUCUAGAUCUCAACCUACAAACUGCCGCAGCUCCUUCCAGAGGCAAAACCCUCCCUACGCCGGUACAAAAGAGGAAAGUGGAGACCGUCCCCUUGGCGACUCAGGUACCCCCUGCCACCCCCGUGCCCUCCCUGCCAAGUUCAGCUGAAGCCUCUCAGGCAUCUGUUUUUCCUGCUGUGAGGGAGACCAACACCUUUAAGGCCCGCGAAGACCAUGAGCAGCUCUCUUCGCUCACAACGGUAAAGGAAAACGGCACUGCCCGACGACUCAUCCCGUCUCAGCCUGGGAGGAAGAGGAAAGCUAAUUGUGGUGGAACUGACGAGAUGAUAAAGGUUUUGCAGUAUAACAACCCUCAAACCGCCAGUGUCUUUCUACCACCACCAGAGGAUUCCCAGGACAGUUCGGAUGGCAUCCCGACUGCACCGCGCAUGACAGGCAGUCUGGUGUCCGAUCGCAGCCACGACGACAUCGUCACACGCAUGAAAAACAUUGAGUGCAUAGAGCUGGGACGGCACAGACUGAAGCCCUGGUACUUCUCACCGUACCCACAGGAACUCACUGCGUUGCCCAUCCUCUACCUCUGCGAAUUCUGUCUCAAGUACCUCAAAAGCCUCAAAUGUCUCCAGAGGCAUUUGACCAAAUGUAAUCUAAGACACCCUCCAGGCAACGAGAUCUACCGUAAAGGCACCAUCUCGUUCUUUGAGAUUGACGGCAGGAAAAACAAAAAUUAUUCGCAGAACCUGUGUUUACUCGCUAAGUGUUUCCUGGACCACAAAACAUUGUAUUACGACACAGACCCUUUCCUCUUCUACGUAAUGACAGAGUAUGACUCCAAAGGCUUCCACAUAGUGGGCUACUUCUCUAAGGAAAAAGAGUCGACUGAAGAUUAUAACGUUGCCUGCAUCCUCACCUUGCCUCCGUACCAGCGGAGAGGUUACGGCAAACUGCUCAUCGAGUUCAGUUACGAGCUGUCCAAGGUAGAAGGAAAGACGGGCACUCCGGAGAAGCCGCUUUCUGACCUCGGUCUCUUGUCCUAUCGCUCCUACUGGUCACAGACCAUCUUGGAAAUUCUCAUGGACCUUAAACCUGACAAUGGAGAAAGGCCUCAGAUUACCAUCAAUGAGAUCAGUGAAAUCACAAGUGUAAAGAAAGAAGACGUUAUUUCCACGCUUCAGUACCUCAACCUAAUCAACUAUUACAAGGGUCAGUACAUCUUGACGCUUUCAGAGGACAUUGUGGAAGGGCACGAGAGGGCGAUGCAGAAGAGGCACUUGCGCAUAGAUCCUAAAUGCCUUCACUUCACUCCGAAGGACUGGAGCAAAAGGGGGAAAUGGUAGAGUCCCAGCCUGGUCCUCUAAUAUAUUCUCAUCAAACUGGGACAGCAGACUGUGGAUCAGAUAAAGGUUUCUGUUGAGCGGUCUCAUCGAGCACCUUUUUGAACCCAGGACUUCUCUUCAGAUACAAUUACUGAGACUAAUAAUUACACCUUGUGAAUUUAUAAAGCUGUCAAACUCGGAGACGAACGAAAGACUGGUCAAGAGUAACACCGCCAAAAAUACAACACACCUUCUACUGUGUAAAAAGAUCCUGUUUAUGACCAAAACAGUGCAUUAAAAGUGACAUACGGUGUCUGUUUAAUAGUGUAGAUUAAAGCCUAAAAUUGCAAACAUGCAAACCACCUAAUAGUGGUUUUUAUAGAUAAUAAUUUUAGUUCUAAAGUGAAUUGCACCAUCUGUCCUCAUUUUUGUAAAAACCCAGAAAGUGAAUUUAUUUUCCUUUUUGUUGUCGUUGGCCAACACAAACAAAAGCAUCUUGUUGUCUUUGACAUCUGCCAUGUUCAAAUGUGGAAUAUCAGAAUUAUUUAUGUGUCCCUAAAAGGUUUGAUUGCGGUCAAACAAAAUUCCUUGUGUGACUGAAGUUAUGAAAAAUGUUCUGGACCUGUAGCACUCAACUAAUGCCUGACGUACACACGGAAAUGUAGGCAUUUUAAAUAGGGAGUUUAAUUCAUAUUGUUCAGGCUUCAACAUCUCUAAAAUGCCUUUUGCUGUGUACAAUGUUUUUACAGUAACAUACUUGCCCGUUGAAAAUCUCAUCUCAACAUACAACAAAAUUUCAGUUUGUGUUUCUCUUCUAGUGCCUGAAUUUCAAUGUUUCAAUUAACAGAGCAGAAAGGUUCUGGUAGUUUUUUUGUUGUUGUUGUUUAAUCAUACACUCUAGGCUGUUCUUAGUGUUAGCUAAUAAAUAUGUCUCACUUGUAAAGACAGAAAAAAGCAGCAAAGAUCAUUUUGAUUCAUACACAGAAUUUUAAAACAGACAUCAGAUUUGCAUAUUGUUGCUAAAGAACCAACACGGUCAGUUCAGGUUUAUCUUUUACUAAAGUAGCUCCACUUUCCAUUCCCCACUAUUUUAAGUAGUUGGAACUAUUUAUGCUCUUGGUUUGAUCAUUCAGGUAAACAUGUUUGUCCCACAUAAUGCUCCUGUCAUGAUCAUUGAGACAAAUCAUCUUCCCCCCCGAGUGACACAUACGUUCCCUGUGACUGUACAUACUGAAGACAGAAGCCAUGUUGAACUGUUAGAGGAAUGUAAAUUUAGUGUACAGUUGUCUUUCUCUUUUGUUUUUUUUUACUCAAUGUUAUCUAAAAAGGCUGCACAAAUAUUAACAGGAAAAGACCUAAAAGUGAUAUCUUACCUUCAGUUUGUGUUUUAUGUUUACAUGUCAAAAAGGAUGUUGAAUUUACCCUGUUGAAAUGAUUUAGUAUAUCUUUAUGUGAAACACAGUUGAGAGUAUCAUUUGAACGUUUGAUAUGAAAAGCUUGUUGAAUUGAUAAAAAAAAAAAAUCUUAAAAACCC